AUGUCUUACACUGAUAACUUGAAGAACGUGCAUGAAGCGAUCGCAGGGAUUGCAGAGAAUCUCAACGAUUUGUCUGAAACUAUUACCAACCUUCAUGUACAUAAUGAGGAAGUUCAGACUAAGAAGAAGGCAGAAAAAUUGUUGGUACGUGCACAAGAACGUACUGCUCUUGUCACAGAGCUUUCUACAACACUCAAUAACACGAUGGAAAAUUCUUUACAUACUGUGCUUAGGGAGUUUUUACCUCAGAGACAACAGCCUGUUGGUGUUGCACAACCUCCUCCACCACCUCCGCCACCUCCACCACCAAUUCACCCUAACCAUGGUCAACCACAACAGCUGCACCCUAAUAUCAAAUUUCCAAACUUUUCUGGUGAAGACCUUGAUGGCUGGAUUUUCAAUGCAGACCAAUAUAUUAGUGUGUACAAUACAUCUGAUGCUCUUAAAAUUAUUGUUGCCGCUGCCCAUCUUAAAGGCGAGGCCAAUCAAUGGUUUAUAUGGCGAAGAACCAAAACUGAAGUCAAUACGUGGGAACAGUUUUGUACUCUGGUUCGUGAAAGAUUUGCUCCGCAGAAAUUUGUUGAUGCUCGCUUGGCUAUCAGCACCAUUAAUCAGAAAGGUACCGUACGUGAACAUAUAUCUGAAUUUGAGCAUCUCUUAAACUUUGUUGAUUUUCCAGAGGAUUAUUUGAUAAGUUGCUUCAUUCGUUCUUUAAAACCUCAUAUUGGCACUACGGUUAAGUUAUUGACACCACAAACAUUACUUGAGACGUUUACCAAAGCACUUCAUAAAGAAGAGGCCUAUGCAGCUGUUACUAAGGCUGUCACAAGACAACCUUAUCGUCCUCCUCCAUUUAGGCCUGCUGCUACGGUACAUCCUACUCCAUAUAUUAAGUCAUCUAUACCACCAGGAGCUAGACGACUUUCCUUGGAAGAACAGAAACAAAGACGUGCCCAAGGUCUCUGCUUUAAUUGUGAUGAACUCUUUACACCAACUCACGUUUGUGCCAAUCCCAGAUUGACUAUCUUAGAUGUUGCUGAAAUAGAUGCUGAAGUUGAGGAUGUUUUUGAGCAACCUGUGGACACUAACCAUGCUGAAAAUAAUAUUGAACCAGUUGAGUCUGAGGCCAAGAUCACCUUACAUUCUCUCUUGGGUACUCCUUUUCCUAGGACAGUGUGUAUUUAUGGUUUUACUAAAGGUCAAGCUUUAACAGUUCUUAUCGACUCGGGUUCUACCCACAAUUUUCUUCACCCAAAGGUUGCCAAACAGUGUGGUUAUUCUAUUUGCUCAACAGAUGCUGACUUACGAGUAACAAUUGGUGAUGGUGGUCAGAUAAGUACUCAAGGCUCUUGUUUUAAUAUUCCAAUUCAGUUACAGGGCUAUAGUUUCACUUCUGAUUCUCAUCUAUUACCUAUCAGUGGAUGUGAUGCCGUGUUGGGUGUUCAAUUGUUACGUACGUUAGGAAAAAUCUCUUGGGAUUUUACAGCUUUAACUAUGAAGUUCAACAUUCAAGAUGCUAACAUUCUUUUGGUGGGAAAUGACGCCUCAACUGUAAUGAUGAUGGAUAGUUCUCCCAUGCAACAUUUAUUGAACAAGGAGCACUUUGGAAUUCUGUUUCAAUUAUCUGAAUUUAAUGCAUCUACAAGAGAUUUAACUGCCGAACUACCACCUGAUUCUUCUCCAGUUAAUAUUCGACCUUAUAGGUACCCUCAUUUUCAGAAGGCUGAGAUUGAAAAAAUAGUUACUGAGUUGAAGGAAGCUGGAUUAAUACGUACCAGUUCCAGUCCCUUUUCGUCUCCGAUUUUAAUGGUGCGUAAAAAGGAUGGUACUUGGAGGAUGUGUGUGGACUAUAGGGCAUUAAAUAAACGUGAAGGAGAAGAAAUCGAUCAAAUGUUGCUCAAGAAUGCUUUAGAGAUUUUUGUUGACAUUGGAAAUGAAAAUGACACACAAAAUAUAGAAUAUUACGCUAAUGAUUUUGAAACACAGUUUUUGAACGAUACAGCGGAUUAUUGUACUCGGAAAGCUUCAAAUUGGACACGAGAAGAGUAUGCGAUGAAGGCCGAGGAAUGUUUGAAAACGGAGAAAGAUAGGGUCUCUCAUUAUUUGCACUCCAGUACUGAGGAGAAGCUACAAGGGAGUGAAGUCAACAAAGCUGGAAUAGCUCAGCUGCCUGAAACUGUUUUUGUUUAUGAAUGCAAGCAAAACUUUGAAAGAUCCGCAAUCUUUGCUUGUGAGUCUAUGACUACUGACUAG